AAAUUGUUUGCUUAAAAUCAGUCGUUUGCCGAAUAUCGUUGUGUUAAGUAGAAAAUCGAUUGAUUUCGGUAAAGAAAUAUUAUUAAAAAGGUCAAGAAGUGUUAAUUAAUUAUAAUAUAAUUUUUCUAAAAUAUAUAAAUCAAAAUGCCAAUUGAAGUAAACACUCCCGAUAAAUUGGAAUACCAAUUUUAUCCAGUAUCUGGUGGUGUUUUCACCUUUAAGGUUCGUUGUGCUAACGAUGCUCACUUGGCUCUCACAUCUCAACCUGCUGAAGCAGACCCCAUGUAUGAAAUUUUCUUGGGUGGCUGGAGCAAUUCAAAAUCGGUUAUUCGCAAAAAUCGUCAAAAGCCCGAUGUCGUUGAAGUCGCCACUGAAGGUAUUGUAAAUGCCGGCGAAUUUCGUGGCUUUUGGGUUCGCUGGUACGACAAUGUGAUAACCGUUGGUCGUGAAGGCGAAGCUGCGGCAUUUAUGUCCUAUGAAGAUCCCGGAUUGUUCCCUGUUAACUUUGUAGGCGUAUGCACCGGUUGGGGUGCCAGUGGUAACUGGCUUAUUGAUGAACCUACACCUUCUGCACCAGCUAUGGGAUUCUCAGCACCCACAGGUAGUGGUCCUGGCUGUUGGGUACCCGCUGCUAAUGGCGAAAUUCCUCCCAACUCUAUGGAAGGUGGAUUCGAUGGCAGUGAACAAUUAUACAUUGCUCGCGCCAGACACGAGGGUGAUCUGAUCCCUGGUAAACUACAUCCUUCUCAUGGUGUAUGCUACGUUGCCUGGGGAGGUGCCGAACACGGUCACAGCGAAUAUGAAGUCAUGUGCUCUGGUGGUGGUAUGUGGGUUCCAGUCUCUGAUGGCAACAUUCCUCCAAAUGCUGUUCCUGGCGGUGAAACCGCUGAAGGCGAACCAUUGUUUGUUGGACGUGCCACUCAUGAUGGUACUAUCACCGUGGGAAAAGUACAACCAUCGCAUGGCUGCUGUUACAUUCCUUAUGGUGGUGAAGAGUUGGCCUACAAAGAAUUCGAAAUCUAUGUUUCCAACUAAUAAAAUCUAAACAGCAUUUUGCACAUUGGCCAGAAGAUAGUGACACCAGCAAGUCGCACUAAUUAAUUGAUGAAGCACAAUAAAAAAAAGUUCAUUCAUUACAAUUGUUUAGAUUUAAUCUGAACUAAAACAUUGCAAUUAUUUUCUACACAUUUAUACACAUGAUAUUUUUAUAUAUGUAUAGUUUUUUUUGUUUAAAUUAUUUUUCAUUUUAAUUUAAAAAAGGAAUCUCAAAGAUUUAACAAAUUAUUGCUUUAAAUAAAUAUAAAUCAAAAAACCAAA